AUGGCAGACGAUAUGGCGAGCCGUUACCAGGUGAUGGAGGAGCUGGGAAGUGGAAGUUUCGGUGUCGUUUACAAGGCAAUCGAUACGCACACCGGAGAGAUAGUUGCGGUGAAGCAUAUUGAUCUCGAGUCCAGCGAAGAUGAUAUUCAGGAAAUUCAGCAAGAGAUUUCCGUCUUGGCCACCUGCGCCAGUGCAUAUGUUACACAAUACAAAGCGAGCUUCCUGAAGGGUCACAAACUUUGGAUUGUGAUGGAAUUUCUGGGUGGUGGGUCCUGCCUAGAUCUGUUGAAACCAGGGGUCUUCAACGAAGCGCAUGUGGCCAUCGUCUGCCGAGAGUUGCUACAGGGUCUCGACUAUCUUCACGCAGAGGGAAAGAUCCAUCGAGAUGUCAAGGCGGCAAAUGUAUUGCUGUCUCAAACCGGAAAAGUGAAGCUAGCAGACUUCGGUGUGGCCGCUCAGCUGGUCAAUAUCAAGUCGCAGCGCAACACAUUUGUCGGUACCCCAUUUUGGAUGGCGCCGGAAGUUAUCCAGCAGGCUGGAUAUGACUUCAAGGCGGAUAUCUGGUCGUUGGGUAUUACCGCGAUCGAAAUGAUCAACGGCGAGCCACCUCAUGCUAGUACCCACCCGAUGAAGGUGCUUUUCCUCAUUCCAAAACAGCCUGCCCCGCGACUAGAGGGCAACGAAUACAGCAGCGCCUUCAAGGACUUUAUUGCCCAAUGUCUAACCAAGGACCCCGACCGUCGCCCUAGUGCAAAGGAAUUGUUGCGACACAAGUUCAUUCGCGGCGCUGGAAAGCCUGAGUCCCUGCAGGAACUCAUUCACCGCAAGCAAGACUGGGAUGGCGGCCGUGGAGUCACGAAGGACGUUAAAUACUACGCAGAGUCCCUCAACACUAUCACGAAGCCACCCACCCCAGAGGAAGACGAGGACGAUUGGGUGUUCGAUACUGUCAAAGCUCCGUCUAUGUGGGUGCCCAAGGGCACUGACUGGACCACGCUUGACGAGGAUGAAGACGAAAACGAAACCACCCCUGCUCAACUAAUGGAGGACUUGCAUAUCUCCCAACCACCCGUCCCGCCCAAACAUCAGCCCAAUUCCACAGUUCGACGAACCCCGGCUGCCGACCGAUCUCCUUCAAUCCGCAGAGCCAACACCAAGCGUCGAUCCAGCGGUAUCAAGCAGCCACUUGGGCUAGACUUGAGCUACGGAAACAGCCCGUCCACUGUUCGGCAAUUCCGCCGAGUAUCGGACAAAGUUUCCAGUGAGACCCCGAAGGUGCCGCCUGGCUUCGACGAAAAUUCUAGUCCGAAAGUUAUUUCUGGCGAGUCCAGCAGCAAGGAAGCUCAGCUAGGACGCCGUGCAUACAGUCGUGCUGUUGGACUUUCGUGCCAAGAGGUGCUCUCCACCACAGGCGACGGAGAAAAACGUGAGGCCAUCUCUCGGCUGGCCGAGGCCUGGAGCGACUUGGAGAUGGUCGAUCCCGAGGGCCUUUAUCACAUCAUCCGCACUAUAAAUGAGAAACUUCAGGCGUAUGUCACAGAUUCCGACUCUUCCGACAGUGAUGAGGAGAUACUAACCCCAGACAGUGAUCCCCGCCUCAACUCCAUGAUCCCCACAUCUCCUCAACCCGACUCUCCUGGGCGGCCCCGCCUCGUUCUGGCCCAGAACAAUCCUCACCUCAAAAGCCACCGUCGCCGACAGUCGAGCGUGGCGGAACCAAAUCCCCCAACACCCCUCUCCAACAUGCCUGGCCAACACGUCGCGGGCAUGGAACAUACUAAACAACUGUCUGAUGUGCUCUACUCGCGUUGGGCAGAUGGACUUCGCAAUCGCUGGGGCAUCUAA